AUGUGGCUCGUAUGUGUCGACGCAUUUUCAAAGUAUCCGUACAUUGUCCAAUUGUCAAAUACAACCUCUACUGAUGCAGUAAAGGCGUUUACAUCAAUUUUUGCCAUAGUGGGGUUGCCGGAAACGUUAGUAAGUGCCAACGGUCCACAAUUUACAUCCUUACAGUUUAAGAAAUUUUGCUUGAAAAAUGGCAUUCAGCAUGUCACGACAGCGCCAUUUCACCCAGCUUCAAACGGCUUAGCAGAUCGUUUCGUGCGUACUUUCAAGACAUCUGUGAAGAAAAACCUUGAUGACGGUAUGUCAAUUAGUGAAGCAGUUAUCAAAUUUUUAGUGACCUACCGCUCUAUGCCAAAUUCUAACAAUAAGUCUCCUGCAGAGUUGCUACACGGCAGAACGAUUCGAACGCUUCUUACACAGAUUUUACCGGUUACAAAAUCAUCAUAA